CCCAGUCCCGCCCCAUUUUUCCGGCGCCAUUGCCUCUGGCCCGCCAUUCCCCGCGCCUUCCGGCACCCCACUACCCCUCCCGGCCGGCGGUGCGGCGGAAGCCGUCGACAUACCCCAUGGCGGCCGCCCGCGGCGGGCCGGUGGAGCUGGGCUUCGCGGAGGCGGCGCCCGCGUGGCGGCUGCGCAGCGAGCAGUUCCCCAGCAAGGUGGGCGGGCGGCCGGCGUGGCUGGGCGCAGCCGGGUUGCCGGGGCCCAAGGAGUUGGCCUGCGCGCUGUGCGGCCGCCCGCUGGCCUUCCUGCUGCAGCUGUACGCGCCGGUGCCCAGCCGCGCCGACGCCUUCCACCGCGGCCUCUUCGUCUUCUGCUGUCGGGCGCCGCCGUGCUGCGCCGGUCUGCGCGUUUUUAGAAAUCAGCUACCCAGGAAAAAUGACUUUUACUCCUAUGAGCCACCUUCUGAGGAUCCUCCCCCAGCGACAGAAUCUGUGUGCCUACAGCUCAAGUCUGGCGCUCACCUUUGCCGAGUUUGUGGCUGUUUAGGUCCCAAAACAUGUUCCAGGUGUCACAAGGCACAUUACUGCAGUAGGGAGCAUCAGAUUCUAGACUGGAGAUUGGGACAUAAGCAGGCUUGUACAGAAUCUGGUGAGUCAAUUCUUAUUCUCAGAUAUGGCAGAGGGAUUGCACCCAUCUGGAUCUCUGGUGAAAAUGUCCCUCAAGAAAAGGAUAUUCCAGAUUGCCCCUGUGGUGCCAAAAGAAUAUUUGAAUUCCAGGUGAUGCCUCAGCUGCUCGGCUAUCUGAAGGCUGACACACUGGGGAGGAGUGUCGACUGGGGUGUCCUGGCCAUCUUCACCUGUGCUGAAAGCUGUGGGCUGGGCACAGGCUACACGGAGGAGUUUGUUUGGAAGCAGGAUGUAGCAGACACACCCUGACGAUGCCAUGGGAAAGCCUUACAAAUGCUCAUGAUCCCU